GGGCCCGUCCGUCCAACCUCGGCCGUUUUGGCAAUCACAGCAAUAACGACUGCCAUUUCACCACCAAACCCCAAUCAACAUUACAGGUAUCGUGUUCAGCCGAUAUAGGGCGGAAGAUGACCAGCUCGCGAACCCUCCUUCCGGCCAUGCUCGUGAGAUGAGCUCCACCAACUUCGCCCAAGCGCAGCAGCGCCUAGCUGCCCGUCGAGAGGCCCGCGAACGACAAAGUCAGGCCCAGCUCGCCGCCCACCACGAAGCAUCGCGCGCCUGGUCACAAGUCUCGCGACUGCGCUUCCCACUGAACCGAGUAGGGGGCUCUUUCCUAUCCGCCUGGGAGCUGCUCUCGUCACGAGAAGGCACGCGACCGUCGUUUCGAGUGGGCCAGGUCGAUGCCGAGCUACUGGACGAGGAGCUGGUCGACCUCCUACGCGGCCAAGUAGGCGAUGCGCUCAAAUAUUUCGGUGGCAACAUCAAGGACGACUGGUCAGCCGAAAUUCUACUCGCGCUGCGGGCCGUCCUCUUCAAGCUCACCGUAUGGGACCACGAUGCGACCUACGGCGCCGCCCUGCAGAACCUAAAAUACACCGAUGCGAGACGCGAAGGGUCAGUUCUGGUACCGCCGAGCAGGUGGCAAAAGAGCCUGUAUGGACUCAUCACGGUGGGGGGCCGAUAUGGAUGGACUAAAUGGGAGAAUUGGCUGCUAGACCAGGAUAAUGGGUACGACCCGCCCACGCCCCUGGUCCAGAGGUUUUCAGCCCUCACCUCGAGACUUGCCACUGUUCACUCCGCGGUUGCAUUUGCCUCUUUCCUUGUGUUUCUCUUGCACGGAAGAUAUCGCACGUUGUUGGACAGGGUGCUGCAUCUACGUCUAGCUCCCCCCACGAGCCAGGUUAGCCGUGAGGUUUCCUUCGAGUACCUCAAUCGCCAGCUUGUCUGGCAUGCCUUCACAGAGUUUCUGCUCUUCGUUUUACCGCUAGUCGGGAUUAACCGGUGGCGGAGAUGGGUUGCGCGGACAUGGAGGAGAACCAAGGAGAUCGUCAAUAUUCGCUCAGAAGACGAAGACGGCGGCAAACAAGGCGAAUUCGCCUUCCUGCCAGAGCGUACCUGCGCUAUAUGUUAUCAAGAUCAGAACAAAGCCACUUCGGAAACGGAGAUCCUCGCCGCAGCUGCGUCGAGCGGAGUCGUGGGAUCGGCCCAAACCGACAUCACAAACCCCUACGAGACCGUCCCCUGUGGAUGCAUCUAUUGUUUCGUCUGCCUCGCCACCAGGCUAGAGCGUGAGGAGGGUGAAGGCUGGACUUGUCUACGCUGUGGCGAGAUCGUCAAGGAAUGUAAACCAUGGGGUGGAGAUGUCCUGGAAGAGCCCACCAAAUCGCUAUCCUCACCGCUAAAACACGUUGGCUUUGCGGACGACGUCAAAGCGCCUGCUUCAGACAAUGAGGAUGAAAGCAGAUACGCCACUCCGCAAUCUUAUGAGACCAUGGACCAGAUUGGGCCCCUCGAGGCCGCCGACGGCUCCGACAGCAAUGAUUCGGAGAUAUACGAAGAGGAGGAGGAUGGUGUGGGAGGUAGUCUUGAUGACUGAUCUUGCGCAACUUGAAAGUUGUGCUACUUGCCAGCUCCUCGGGGAAUUCGACGAAUAAUGGGUCCUACGAUUGGACUAGGUUGGGUGGUUCGGCUUAAAAAUAGCAAUACUGUGUAAUAUUGUAUCAACUCGAGGAGGAUAAAGGUAUUUUUUUCAAAAAAGAAAGUAUGAACAACCUAUGAUGUAGUCUGGCUUGGAAAGCCCGGCCUGUGAUUUUAUAUAUAUUAUUAUUGUUAAAUACGCCGUAGGCUCGAAGCCCCCGG